AAAAACCUCCUCCCUGCUAGUAAUGGAUGCGCUUUAUGUUGUGCUUGUUUGGGGUAAUUUAUGUCUUAGAGGGUCAAUCUGAAUUGUUAUCGUAAUGCCAGGAGAAGUUAAAUUAACCCGAAAGCUCGUACUUGCGAGGGCUAAAGCGUCGGACCUCGAAAGUGUCAAGAAGUUAAACUGCUGGGGAUGUAACCUGAUAGAUAUCUCCAUUUUCACUGAGAUACCCAAUAUUGAGGUGCUGACACUGAGUGCCAACAAAAUCUCUUCUCUGGAGCACAUAUCUAGCUGCCAGAACCUCACAGAGCUCUAUUUGCGGCGCAAUGACAUCCAGAGCCUCUCGGAGCUGUGUCACUUGAAGAGCUUGGCACGGCUGCGGGUUCUGUGGCUAGCUGAGAACCCAUGCUGCGAGGCGGACCCGACCAAGUACCGCCUCACGGUACUACGGAACUUGCCGGGUCUACACAAGCUAGACAACCAAGUGGUGACGGAGGAAGAGCUGGCCCAGGCCCUAGAGGAUGGCGAGGAGAUAUGCACGCCUCCAGGCCCAGCCUCCGCAGAGUCCACCAAUGGCAUGACGGAGGCCGACUCUGAGAAUGACCCCUUGAACUACAGCAUGGAGGAGACCAAUAAAAUCCGGGCGCAGCUGGGCAUGAAGCCAUUACCCCGGGACAAAUUCUCGUCAUUCUCCUCCCCGAGGGAAUCUGGAGCAACCCCAAGAAAAAGGAGUCACACUCUUGAAGCCGUGCUUCUGCUGCUGAAGGAUCUCAACUCCGAGGAGCUGAAGAUCGUUCAGGCCGCCACUGAGAACAAAUUACGAUCCCGUUGUCGACACAAGGAGAAAAUCCCCCUUGUCGAGACUUAACAAGCCAUGGUGGCUCUGUCCAAUAAUAACCAACAGGGUACCUUCCUAGGAUAGUUUCCUUGAUGCCAUCUAUGGAAAUUCUUGCUGAUAACCCAUCCAAUACAGACAAUGCAUGAUGGAAGAAUGACAAAUACACUAUUUAUUAGGGUACUGUAAGGAUCACCGUCACUUCAAUGUUAUCAUUGGCUAGAAGCACAUCAUAUCAAAUACAUAUACUGUAGCACAUAUAUUACACUCAACAGUAGCACUUAAUCCCCAUAAGAGCAUUUUCAAACGCUUGUUUGUAUUGUGGAGUGUUAAUUAGUAUUUGUAGUGAAUGACCAAGCUGCCUACUACUGAGUGCACACAUUGCCAUUUCUGUAUGGAUUUGUAUGCUUUUACUGUAUAUUGAUCCCUUCUCAGCAUGUCAGGACAGAGGGAUGUAACUAGCCAUUGCUUAUCAGUUCAGUGUUCACAGCGCAGUAGUUCAUUCAUUACAAUAAUUUCCCAGCUUUACACUAUACACCUCUCCUGUGGUUUCGGUGUCCUGGUCUUCAAUACGCCAAAGCGCAAGAAUUGAAAUGGAAAGUGUUGCUUAUUAACUUGUCAUUUGAACUGUGCAGAGUAUUGGCCUUACAGUCCAAAACGCUGUCAACUAUGAAGAAAGCAGGAUCAGUGUUCACUUGCAUGGAAUGAAUCGCUCUGUUUGCCUUCAUUAAGUUUUGACGCUUCUGGUUAGCUUUGGGAUUGUGUUUAGUUUCUCAGCAAGUGCUUAUUUACGGUCUUUUCUGGCUUAUUGAAGUUAAUUUUCACAUAUUUUUCUAUGUCUUGUCAAUAAAC